UGCAUCCAUCCAUCAUCACAAAGAGCAUCCAGAGCGCGCAUGAUCGAGAGAGACAGAGAGAUAGAGAGUAACUAAAAGAGAUCAUCAGAUCGCCGAGAGCCCAGGCCGUCGAGCUCGAUCCGAGCACAAGCAAGCCACAGCCAUGGCGCUAUGGUCGACUUCUCUCUCCCUCCCGAUCCAGCUCCCGCGGUACGCGUCCUCCCGCCUGGGGUUGGGCGCGCUCUACGCCCGCCUGCAGCCAACGAAAGGCCCGAAGCUCGUUGCAGCCUCCUCGUACCAAGAGGAAGCAGCUGGGCGCGGCGAGGUGAUCGCUGCAACGAGGGAGCCGCGCGAGGUGGACGAGGCUGUGGCUGAGCUGCGAGCGGCGGGGAGACGCGGCGCUUCUCAUUCUCGGAAAGGCCGCCCCGGUCCGCCUAGGAUAGGUGGCGGAGGGAAGCAUAAUGCCGUGGCGGAGGGAGCCCCAACGCCGCCUGGUCCGCCGGUGGAAGGACCCGGCGGCCAUGGUGGAAGUACCAAUUUCGCUUCUUCUUCAAUCUUGAGCAGUGGCUAAUGUCCUAAGGGUGCCAGAAACACAAUUAAGAAGUUCUAAUUCAAGAGGAGGGAGCCGCCAAUAGAUUAAACUCUAUUGCUAAAUGUAUAAUCAAUGACUUUACAUUGAUCAAUAUGAUUUUGAUAUUUAAUAUUAAUAUAAUUGUUAGGUAUUAUACUUAAAAUUAUAUAUAGACUUCUAGUCGAACACUUCGAAACAUGAUCUAUAAUUAUAGACCAACACAUGUACAUGUACUUUAAAUUUUUAUCUAUCGAGAUUUUUACCUCUAUAUUAAAAGAUUUUUCUAUAUUAAA